AUUGUUCACACAACCGCGUCGCAAAUCCGAUCGCAACCGUCCGAAAGCUCGGAGGAGCAUAAACAUCGGCAAUCUGGUCGAACUUCACAACGACCAAACGCCUAGUUCGGCGUCAAGACACUCUGGGCUGUUGCGACGACCCCAGUAGACACCGCUCGGCGCGAUGGUAGCAGCGGUGCCACCGCUUCCUACGCGGUUUCCAUGCUGGUGCAGAGCUGUAUAUUCAUGGGGGGGAGAGUCACAACGAGACCUUGGCUUCAUCGAGGGCGACCUAAUCGAGUGUCUGAAUGCUGGAGAUGGAUCAUGGUGGACAGGAAGGUUACGGCGGAACAAGACGGUUGGUGUAUUCCCUUCGAACUUCGUCGAGGUUCUGCCAGACAACUUUCGACCUGUGACCCGAUCCACGAGUCCGCUGCCCUCGAGCAACACCCCGAGCCCGACGAACAACACAAUACAAAAGUCAAAAUCCAAACCUUUCCGCAAACCCUUUGAGGCGUAUGCCAAGGCGCCGCAUUACACAACAGCCAAGCAACCUGAAGUCUUCAAAGAGAUGCCGAAUCGUCAAAACUCGACAAAUUCGUUCCAGGAGCCACCGUCACGGCAAAACUCUACAAAUUCCUUCCAGCAGCGCAAUGAUGGGUACGGAUCGAGGAUACCCUCACCUGCUUCUCCCAAGAAGUCACAUAAAUAUCGUGCUCCGUCACCUGCUCCUCCCACGCAUUCUUACAGCCAUCGUGCCCCAUCUCCUGCUCCCAUGCAUUCUUACAGCUAUCGUGCCCCGUCUCCUGCUCCUCCACUGCAUUCGUACGAUGAUCGCGGACCAUCUCCCGCUCCGUCUCCCGCUCCACCGCUGCAAAUGUCAUAUUUCGGUUCAAGAGCACCAUCUCCGCAGCCGCCGCUGCAAAUGUCACAUUACGGCUCAAGGGUGCCAUCUCCGCAGCCGCCUCCGAUGCAUUACGACUCUAGAGCACCGUCGCCUGCACCUUCAUUUGGAUACAGACCAUACCGCCCGGGUGCAGAACGCGAAUUUGAGUCACCCCCGCCACCACCACCACCUCCGCAUCGGAAUGCACUCCUGACUCGCGGGGGCUCGAAUGCAUUAUAUGACAACCAACCUAUGACGCCUAGAGCUUCGUCACCUUGUCCCCCAUCGCCGGGUGGUGGUGGUUGUGGUUUUACGCCGUCGCCGCUGAGAGAAGCCAUGGAUGAUGUCAUGGCCCAGUUAGACGAGUUGGGAGUAACUCAUGAGACUGAAUCGCCCGAGCCUCCGCUGGAUCCAUGGUCACCAGAGUCGUUCGACAUGGUGCACCACCGUUCAAAGCGGAAAAUGCAGGCUCAAGCGAGACCGAAAACCUCGACGGGUGUUGCACUUAAAGACGAAGGAUAUGAGUCCUACAGUGGUGGGUCCUCGCAACAGAACGCGCACCAAAAGGGCCACCCGGAUGAGCCAAAGUUGCCUCAAUUGAGCAAUUAUGUCCAGAGAAUGGAAAGUCGCCUUCAAAAGAUGCAUCAGCAUUCGCAACAGCAUCAACACAGUUCAAGCAUGAGUCGGAUUGAGCAACAGCAUCACCACAGUUCGAGCUUGAGCCGCAUCGACCGGGAAGAUAUGCCCCCCCCGCCGCCGCUAAAGGGACUGAAUUUUGAUCGACCCAAAUCUUCGAUGGGCGAGAAUGAGCCUAAAGCUCAUAAGCCGAAAUCAUCCUCUUAUGAUGUUGGACGUCACCUUCUGAACAGGACCGCCACCACCAAGACCACGUCGACCAAUGCUUCAUCGGGGAAUCGCAGUACGGCUACUGACAGCAGCACCAACACUCAGAGCACAAACCGAAGUCUGAUGAGUGGUGUAUCAGCCAGCGGUAUUAGUGCCACAAGUGCGGGAAGCUUGGCAAGAAAGACUCGCAGCCGUGCUCGGAGUGCCCUAGGCUUUCGUGAUGGCGAUGAUGAGUGGGAUCCAGAUCGACCAACCACGCCAUUCACGGGCAUCUCGUAUCACGGAAGCCAUUCUUCUUCGCAGAUACGCACACAGUCGCAAGCCGGGUUUCGGGAUGACGCGAUUGGUGCGAUAGGUGGUCUUGUACAGCCAGGAGAGACCAAGCCGAAGAAAUCGAAUUUCAUCAAGAGAAUUCUCGAGGCGACGAAGACUGGCGUGGCAAGUACGCGUGGCAGUAUAGCCACCGGACCAGGGUCUGUUUCGUCAACACCAAUGCAUAAAUCGAUGCCUGCUGGGAUAAAUUCCAUGGCAGGGGGACCCAGCAGCAGCAGUUUGGUGCGAGAUACGGCCAGAGACAUGGACAGGGGGAAUGGCGUUGAUUGGGUUCAAGUGCGGCGAGAUGUGAACCGGUCCAAUACCCUAAGCAAAAAUGAGCGAAGCGAACGACGAGACCGAUGCCAGAUGAUGGAUUAUCCUGCGAUUGACCCCGUCGAUGAGCUUUACGAGAGCGUUGAAGGAGACGAAGGGGCAGAUGGCAUGCCUGUGCAUGAGCCGACGAACUACCAAGCAAUCAACUUGAGCCAAGUCGACAAAAACUCGCGAUUCAUCAGCAGCUUGGCCCCUAUGACCACUGCUGUCACGCUUGCGACCACAUACGUUUGCCGGCCAUAUCGCAGCGAUGUUCAACGUCUUCGAGCGAUUUUCACCUGGGUUGCAGAGAAAAUCAACUGGGAAGAAGAUUUCGAGGGUGAAGUGGACACAAGGCGUGUUAUACAGACCAAGCGAGCUUGUGCCGAAGAAUAUGCCGUGCUCGUUCACGAGAUGUGCGCUGCUAUCGGCAUCCACUCUGAGAUCGUACGCGGCUAUCUAAAGACACCAGGCGAGAUACCUGAGACCACCAUUAUGCCCCGAUCAAACCAUUGGUGGAACGCUGUUCUGGUAGAUGACGAGUGGCGCAUAAUGGACUGCUGUCUUGCAUCUAUGUCAAACCCUCGUCGCGCUCUUUACUCCAGCGCUGUAAACACCGCAGCCGAUGGAUGGUGGUUUUUAACUCGACCCACGGAGAUAUGCUGGACGCACAUUCCCGAACAUCAUGCUCAGCAACAUGUCUGCCCGCCCAUCGCACACGAAAUUCUCCUGAAUCUGCCGUGCGCCUGCCCACCAUACUUCAAGAACGAACUUGCUAUGGUUGACUACAACACCUCACUGGUGCGGAUUGAAGACCUCGAGAUGGUACACAUCAAGUUCAACGUGCCGCCCGAUGUCGAGGUAGCAGCGGAAGUUGAGGUGCGUGCUUUUUCUCGCGAUGCGGAUGGUGAUUAUUUCGAGUCCGGCGACGUAGUCAAAAAGCGAGCGUUGGCUCAAGCGGAGUGGUUCAAUGGUGUGAAGCGGUACACGGUCAAGGCCCUCCUUCCGGGCGACGAAGGCUCGGGCAUUUUGAGAGUGUACGCUGGCAAACGGGGUCUUAUGCACAGCAUUAAAGACAUCCCACAUCCUCUGGCCUUUGCCCUGCCCGUCAUCCACACAGGCGAGAACCCGCCCUAUGAGUUUGUCACGCGCCAUCCAACCCCACAUGCGCAGAGACACGAUAUCUACGUUGUGCAGCCUCAAUGUCAGCGCCUAGCGCUGAACAACACGUUCGUCUUCGCCAUCCGGCAACAUCCCUCCUGCUCCCCUGCCGUGCCCGGCUCGUCGAUGACGCCGUCUACCAACCCCGGUGGUACGAGUCCCAUUCCGUUCAUGAGGCCUAGUAGCUCCAUGAGCAUGACGAGCUCGAAUCCGAGCAAUCCGAGCAGCAGCGGCUACGGCGGUGUGGGUGGCAAGAAGCCUGCAAAAUUGGCUAUUCAAACGCCAGGUGGUAAAAUCCUCCGGCUGAUGCGCAAGGAGGAAAGGCGCGGCAUUGGUGUCGGUGGACGCAAUGCUAGUGCCGACGAAGAGCCCAGCGAUGGCGGUACAUGGGAGACCAUCAUCAAGUGCUCAGAGAGAGGUGUCUGGAGAGGUCUAGUGCUUGCCGACCGCACGGCAAGGUGGUGUGUGUUUGCAGAAUGGGUCUGCAUGGGAUAGGAUAGGUCACGCCUAUCAUGCACCGAACCGACCGAUACCAUUGUACUGGGAGAGAACA